GUCUGUGAUUUUUGCUGAAGGGCCGUAUGAGCCCAGCAGCUCCCUAUAGCAUUGUAAUGUGAUUAACACCACACCAUGGGGUUGAUAUAUACAGGUAUAUAUAGGCCUAUGGUUGUACAUUCACACCUACAUUACAUUACUGCAACAAAAGGCCACAGUAUGACAGCCAACUGUGCCCCCAUUGUUUCCAUUCUCCAUGGUUUCCCUUUCCUCCAGUCCCAGCCCAGCUUAGGAAGUGUUAUUACUCCGUCAGUCCUUUUUUCCCAGAACCACAGUGGCAGUGAGAGGAGGAGGAGGAGAGAGGAAGAGGAAGAUAAACAUCACAUAGGAGGGUCAGAGGAGGGGGGAAACUGGGAAGGCGCAGUAUCCGGCUUCUCCACCGAACAGAAAUACAGCAAAAAAAGUGGGUCUCAGUCGGGGUCAGUGAUGCUUCACCAUCAGGACCAACCUCUGAACUCCUAUGGAGAGCAGGGAGGCACCGACAUCAGUUCUUCCUCUUCACUUCGAAACAGGAAGUGUGGUAAAGAUGGUAAUUUCAACUUCCUGCCAGGCAAAGAUGAUGAGGACAUCACAGGCAGUGGAGGAAGAGAUGAGAACCGAAACCAGGUGCGCCCCCGUAGCUUGGGCCUGUUGGGUCAUGAACCUCCAAACUCCCCACUGUCUUCAGGAUAUCAUCACAGCUCAGGUCUCCUGUCACCACGAUCCCGCCUGCCCUGCUGGAGCACUCUGGAACCUCUGCCCGAAAUCGAGAGUGGGGAUGAUGGGUAUGGUCGCGUUCCCCCUGAUGGAGCAGAGGAAAGGAGGAUGGAGGAAGAGGAGGGGAGAGCGAUAAUGACUCAAAAUGAGGAGAUGCAGAGAGAGAAAAAGGAGCUUCAGAGGAGGAAAGGCAGCACGGGGGUCAGAGGAAAGGAUGAAGAGGAAGAUGAGGCAGGGCUGGACAAUGGUGAUGAAUGGGGUGACAGCGACUCUGAGUCUGAGUUCAGCUACCGAUCUGGUGGCAGCAUGUCCUCCCUCAACAUGGAAAGUGGAGGCGAAGGGAUGCUCGUGGGAGCCUGGGACCGCAUCGGAGUGGGUGAACCAAAAUUGAACAUCCAGGAAAGUGACCAGGGCACAAACAGUAACAGAGAACCAGCUGGAAGACACAGAAGCUUUGACCGCAAGUUGCUGGCAGAAAGCAACCUGGGAAACCUUCAAGAAGAAGGAACAGGAGAGCAAAAUGAUGACAACCAGUCUUCAGAUUCAGACAGCGAGUUACCUGAGCUGAUGGAUGCGGUGUGGACACUGCGGGACCGUGAACGCUUCAAGGCCCAGGAGAUGGAGAAGCACCAGGUACAACUGACCAUGUAUCGCCGCUUGGCACUGAUCCGCUGGGUCCGCACUCUGCAGAGCCGUGUCCAGGAGCAGCAGAACCGCCUGCAGUCCAGCUUUGACAUCAUCCUCACACACAGGAAGGAACUGCUGCGCAUGGGUGCCACCACCACUGUAGCCAACGCCACUGUAGCCAACGCCCCUCCUGCUGCCAAUGUGAGCCAGUUGUAAAUAGGGGGACGGGUGGGGGAAUGGAACAGGAAGUGGUUAAAGAUGACAUUUUUGCUCUGUUUGCUUCUAUUUUCAAGACAUGUCCCUUGAAAUAAGGCAUUCUCCCAUUAUUCUGCUUCACACUCAUGUUGCUGAUUGUAGUGAUACUAAAACUUGUGUUGUUUAUUUUUUUCCCCACCAGAGCAUCAAUAAAUGUAACUGACUCAUCGUCACUGAGGAAGACCCAAACCAUGUUCCAUCACCAAACCAAAAUGUACAUCAUAUGGUGUAUUCUGAGCAAAGCAAUGAGAAUAUGGAUGCUCUACUGUGAAGUUAAUACAGUAUGUUCACAUCAAAAAUGGUUAAUGUAGCUACACUGCUGUUGUUUGUCUUGACCUAUGAGUAGAAAACACCUGCCAUACCUGGUAUUUUUAAAAUAUCACAGAUUUAACAUGUCACAGAUGAUUUAUACCCUGAGGUGCUGUAUAUACUGUAAUUAUGUGAAAUUAAAGGAAGAAAUAAAAUGACCUUAUAUCUGAA